CGUUCGCCCCACCAGCGACGGCAUGGGCAGCACCUUCCAUGGGGUACGGGCCUCACCAGAACCCGUGCUCGCCACAGGCUGGCUGGGCCGGUUCGUCGUAGCAGUACCCCCCCCCCCUCCUGUUGCGCCAGGUCGCGGUGCCAGCCGUGGGCGCUCCCAAACUCGCAACACGCUUACCAUUGGGAGCUCCUCCAACUCCGGCACUGGCGACGACGGGGACGACGACGACGGUGAUGACAGUGACUCCACGUCAGACAAUUAUUCGUCGGUAAUUAUUUUUCCAUUCUCCACAUAUUACUGCUUCCGUGUUUCAAUUGAAACUAUUGCUAUAGUACCCAGUUUGCUUAUUCCAGCAAGGAGGUAGAUACGGUUGCCAUGUAAUUGGAAGUUGUAGUUCACAAAUAUACAUAUGGUAGUCAUCAAAUAUACAUCAAAAAAUUGUUUGAUAAAUUCUGUUAUAAAUCCUAUUUAACAUUGUCGUUCCAUUUGUGUUCGUUCAUAGAGAGGAAUCCCUAGGUCGGACGCAAAUUGGAACGAAUCAAAUACGCUCGUUUUCUGCGACCUUUGGAUAGAACAAUGUAUGAUAGGCAACUGUCCACAUGGUAAAAUGAAGAUUAAAGGAAAUUUGAGCAUGUGUUAGAGUGUGUUAGCAACCUAGCUAAAGAUAUCAUCCGACCAAGUGACCCUAAUUUCAGUACAGUCCAUCCCAAGAUAGCAGACCACAAGUAUGCUCCUUUCUUCAACAAUGCAAUUGGAGCAAUCGAUGGAACACAUGUCAAAGUGAUUGUGCCCGGCAAGAAGGUUGGACCAUACUUCAAUAGGAGCAAGGAGAAGAGUCAGAAUGUGCUGGCAAUAUGUGACUUCGACAGGAGGUUCAUGUUUGUCGCAGCUGGGAUUCCUGGUUCGGCACAUGAUUGGACUGUCCUACAAGAGGUUGCAUAGGUACAGUGACAAUUUUCCUCGUCCUCCCCCAGGCAAGUUUUACCUGGUGGACUCGGGAUACCCGAACCGCUCGGGAUAUCUAGCACCUUACAAGGGAGUGAGGUACCAUCAAGAUGACUGGAAACAGGCCCCACGAGCUCGAGGUAAAAAAGAAAUCUUCAACCAAGCUCAUUCCUCAAUUCGGUCGGUAAUAGAGCGAUCCUUCGGUGUGUUAAAGAUGAAGUGGAGCAUAUUGUUGGGUCUCCCUCACUAUUCUGAGCGCAAACAGACACAAAUCAUAUUGGCUUGUUGUGGGCUGCAUAACUUCAUUAUAGAGAAUGACAGUCAUGAUGUAGACUUCAAUAGGGAUGAACCAGAGGUGGCAUUGCCAGAACCGGAUGAAAAUGAUGAUGAACCAUAGGAGUAUGGUACAGCAGCGCCAGUGGAUGAAGAUGGCAACAUGAAUGCACUGCGUGAUGAGAUAGCUGCCGCCUGCCUCUUGGCUUCACGUUUGUAACCUUUGUUUGUUAUGUUUGUCAUGUUUGUCUCCAUUUCUUGAAUAUGGCAAUUAUAAUCGGUGUGCAUGUGUGGACAUUUUUUUUAUUACCGCAAUAAUGAUGUGUGCGCAUGAUUGUAUUCUACAAUACUGUAGUUGUGAGA